AUGUCAUCUCUUCUACCUGGUAGCAACAAAUUGAACCCAGACGACGAUAUUCCCGAUCUGUCGGGCAAGCACUACAUUGUCACAGGAGGAAGUGCAGGAAUAGGCUUCGGCAUUGCCGCUCAUUUGCUUCAACACAAGGCUGAAAAUGUCACCAUCUUGUCGAACAAGGAGCAACACGCCAACUCUGCGCUUGAGGAGUUGAAGGAGUAUGGAGAUGUGACGAAAGCCCAUUGGGUCAAAUGUGACCUAGAGGAUCUGAAGUUCACAGAUCGGGUUGCCGAUGAGCUGGCCCAGUCGCAGGACAGACUGGAUGGGCUCAUUCUAAAUGCUGGUCUCGGAGUCGGGGUGUACAAUGAGACCAAGGACAAGCUCGAUUCACAUUUCCAAGUCAACCACCUCGCACAGUUUAUUCUACUGAUAAAGCUGCUUCCUCGGCUACAGCGCACCCCUGGAGCGCGGGUGGUCUUCGAAUCCUCCGAAUUGCACAGAGGCGCGGCCUCCGACACAAAAUUCAAGGACGAAGCUGAGAUCAACACCGACAUCGGCCCGACUCGACUCUACAAUCGAACCAAGCUUGCUCAAAUCCUGAUGGCUCGAGCGCUCCAGCGAAGAAAGGAGGCUGGCGAAUUGGGCUUCCAACCGGAUCAGAAGAUCUUUAUCAAUGCGGUGCAUCCUGGAGGUGUUGCCACGGAUCAACCGCUCCAGGCCGAGGAAGCCUAUGGCAAGAUUGGCGUUAUCGGCCAUAAGCUUGUGAGACCAUUCAUGAAAGAUCCAGUGUCGGAGGGAUGUCGCCCAGCGCUGUAUGCCGCCACUAGUCCAGAGAUCGAAGAGAAGGGAAUCAGUGGCCAGUACAUUGUGCCGGACAAGAAAGUGACAAGCCCGAGUUCACAGGCACAGGACGACGAGCUUGGUGAGGCUUUGUGGAGGCUUAGCAUCGACAUUCUCCACGACAGGGUAGGCUGA